AUGCAUAGAGAUUUGAAACUAGAAUACCUAUUAUUAAGAACCAAAGAUAAAGAUUCAGAUGUAAUAAUAGCUGAUUUUGGAUUAGCACUCAUAUUUGACUAAUAACCACUUUAUAAAAGAUGUGGAACUCCAGGAUUUGUAGAAUCUGUAAUUUUUACGUACAUUGAUAAUUGUCCAUUUUAUAAUGAAAAAUGUGAUAUUUUUAAUGCAGGAAUUGUAUUUUAUAUGUUGAUCAUUGAAGCACAACCAUUUGAAGGAUCUAAUUAUAAAGAAAUAAUAUAAUCAAAAAAAGAUCUGUCAAAUUCAUUAUUUUCUUAAACAAAUAACAAAGAUAUAUUCAAAUUUGUAUUUUUUCAAGAGUCCUUAAAUUCUUAAGAAUAUAUUAAAGAAAAUGCUAAAGUCUGA